AUGAGUAGUGAGAAAGAAUCAAUGUACUUCAGAAUCUAUCACACAAUCAAUCAAAUGAUGAGAGAUCGUGGUUAUAACGUCGAUCCAUCUCGUCUUGAGAUUUCUCACGACAAAUUUAACAAAGUUUAUAGCGGAAACCCACAUAAUCUUAACGAAUGUUAUUCAAACAUGGAGGGUGAACGUAUUCUUACAUUUUUCGACUUGAUAGAGCGCCUUGAUUCUAAGACUAUUCAGACAAUUAUUAAAAAUAUGGAUGAAGCAGGUGUCAACAGAGCUAUUGUGAUUGGUCCAGAGGGUAUAUUAACACCAACAGCCGCUCGCAACUUAGAUAACGUCCGCUCAUCCGGAAAAACAAUCGAAUUUUUCUCAUUUGAUGAAGUUAUCAUCAAUAUUACAGAGCACGAACUCGUUCCUAAGCACGAGGUCCUUACAGAAGAUGAAAAGCAAGAAGUUCUUAAGCGCUACAACGUUACAGAAACACAACUUCCUCGUAUUCUUCGUACAGAUCCUGUUUCUCGUUACCUUGGUGUCAAACCAGGCCAACUCCUUAAAAUUACUAGAAAUUCUGACACAGCUGGUCAUUAUGUCACAUAUCGUCUUGUCUAUUAA